AUGGAUGGAGCUCUUCAGAACCACCAGAAUCGUGUACUUGAGGUCCUCUACGAGAAAUUGCAGCGCGCGUUCACCACCCUCGAGCGCGCAACUGACUCCACAGGCUCUGCAAAGGCUGACAAUAGUGGCGUCAAAGUCAACAAGCUCAAGUUUGCUGUAUUCAUGGAGAGCCAUCUCUCCAAAACGGUAGAGGAUCUAGAGAUGUGGCAUGCUACUUUUGACCCGUCCUGGUGGAUUAUCACCCGCAUUUCGAACCGAAAGAUUGAUCAACAGCUUACGUCUGGUGCCUCUCAGUCUCUGCAAAAACUCAAAGAACUAAGACACGCAAUGGAAGACGGCUCUGACGCCACUCAGAUGGAGAAGAAGUCGAUUUUUCUGUCUAAGGACGUGACCUUCGACAAGCGGGCAUCAAUUUCGCAUUCUUCAUCAUACAGCGCACAAACACCUGGGUCUCCAGCUUGGACAAUCAUUGACCAGAUUAGAUUCAAAAACCCUGACAAGCCUUUGACGUCCACCAAAGAUGUCAGGGAUCUUGCCCGGAUUUUGGCAAAGGUUGACCCAUCCAUAUUCGGCCUGCUUUGCUGCGAAGGCGUCAUCAAAGCCCAAGAUGCUUCAGAAAAGGUCAUUGGCUUUGAUUUCGUUUUCACUGUACCAUCUCACUACCGCGACCCUCGAAGUCUGCGUGACAUACUCACAUCGCCAACUUCAGAUGUCCCGUUGAACGAACGAUUUGCACUUGGUUCACAGCUUGCACGCUCUGUCUUCUUUAUUCAUGCUUCGAGCUUCGUCCACAAAAAUAUCCGACCAGAAACCAUCAUUGUAUUCAAAGAAGGCUUAUCUAGGCUUGGUAGACCUUUUCUGGUAGGGUUUGAGCGAUUCAGGGUUGACUCUGCACGAACCUUUCGAUCCGGCGAUGAUCUCUGGUGGCGAAACAUCUACCGACAUCCAGAGCGUCAGGGUCUGAUGCCUGAAAAAGACUACAGUAUGCAGCACGAUAUCUAUUCUUUGGGCGUCGUACUACUCGAAGUCGGACUAGGGACCUCCUUCGUCAAAUCCACAAGAGACGAACAAGGAAAUGCUUCUUCUUCACCGGAUUAUGACUCGGGGGUAGUCGGAUCAAUGAAAAGCGAAUCCCAUGGAUGGGCUAACUCUCUCAAAAAGCAUUUUGUGGAGCAAGCAGAGUCCAAAUUACCCGCCAUCAUGGGUCGGAAGUACACACAGGUUGUGAUGUCAUGUCUUACGUGUCUUGACAAAGAUAACGAAGCUUUUGGUGAUGAAAGCGAACUUGAAGACGAAGACGGAAUUUUGGUAGGAGUGAGGUUCAUCGAGAAGAUCUUGAUGCAACUAGAUGAGAUCUCCGUGUGA